AUAUCUAGGAGCUACCAACAAGCUAAACACAGCCAUGAGUAUUCAGAUACCGGUGGGAUUGACAGAACUGCUACAGGGCUACACCGUGGAGGUGCUGCGACAAAGGCCAACAGACCUGGUUGAUUUUGCUGUACAGUACUUCACCCGUUUGCGGGAUUCCAGAAAUCAGGAUGGAUCCGACAUAGCGGUAACAGGGAAAGGAGUGGUGUUUGAUGGGGAGCCCAUGCAGACGGAGUCCAACGGUGAGGAGGAUGAAGAUGACGACUCUGACUUUGAACCUCCACCGCCAAGCAGAUUCAACAGGAGAGUGUCAGUUUGUGCCGAAGCAUUCAACCCAGACGAAGACGAUGAAGACUCUGAGCCCAGAGUGGUUCACCCAAAAACAGACGAACAGCGCUGCAGACUGCAGGAGGCCUGCCGAGACAUCCUGCUCUUCAAAACACUAGAUCAGGAGCAGUUCUCACAGGUACUGGACGCCAUGUUUGAGUUGAAGGUCCAGCCACAGGAGCAUGUCAUCGAUCAGGGGGACGAUGGAGACAACUUUUAUGUCAUAGAGAGGGGUGUGUAUGACAUUGAGGUAUCAGGAAAUUGUGUGGGUCAGUACAACAAUAAGGGCAGUUUUGGAGAGCUGGCCCUCAUGUACAACACGCCACGUGCCGCCACCAUCGUAGCCACCGAGGAGGGCGCACUUUGGGGCUUGGACCGUUCAACGUUUCGAAGACUCAUUGUCAAGAACAAUGCCAAGAAAAGGAGGAUGUAUGAGACUUUCAUCGAGUCCGUGCCGCUGCUGAAAUCGCUGGAGGCAACAGAGAGGAUGAAGAUAGUGGAUGUAUUAGGAAUGAAGCAGUUCUCAGAUGGAGAGCGCAUCAUCACACAGGGAGACAAGGCUGAUUGCUUCUACAUUGUAGAAUCUGGAGAUGUCAAAAUCAUGAUGAAGAGUAAAACGAAGGCAGACCACGCAGACAACAGUGAGGUGGAGAUAGCACGCUGUAGCAGGGGCCAGUACUUCGGGGAGCUGGCCUUGGUCACCAACAAGCCCCGGGCCGCCUCAGCCUACGCAGUAGGAGAUGUCAAAUGUUUGGUAAUAGACGUGCAGGCGUUCGAGCGCCUCCUGGGCUCCUGUAAGGAAAUCAUGAAGAGGAACAUCGCCCACUACGAGGAGCAGCUGGUGGCUCUGUUCGGCUCCAGCAUGGACCUGAGAGACUGAGCCUCCCACACCACCCUCCGUGCCUUCUUUUACAAACACACCAACAAACACGCAAACAGACAAACAAACAAAAACACACAGAUACAAGUUCUCUCCAACAUCAGGAAGUGGUUAGACGGACUCGUAAGCUUUACACCCGGUGCUCGGCUCACCUGCAAGUACAUGAAUCCUCAGUUUUCAAACACUCAGCCCUCUUCUUUUCCUCACACACAAACACAUGCGUUAGGCACUGAGAGACGCACACUCCUAGAUGUGUGCUCACCCUCGAGCACAUCCAAGCUAAACAGAUUCCUUGAUAAGCUGACGUUGGUUAGAUGUACACACACACACACACACUUUCUCUCACACACAUCCUGCUACAGGCCACCCAAGUUGUUGCUUGAGUUAGUUUCAACCUCUCAGUAUGAAUGUCUUACCUGCGGUGACCUUCUGCAGGCAGAGCAGUGUAAGGGCAUGAACUACACACACACUCCAAACAUAUUCAGCAUCGCACCAUGGAGCUUCAUUAGUGCAGGCUCUUUAUUCACAUGAGCACUAGAACAACUCAGACUUGUUCCAAGCCUCAGCCAAGGACACAUCAAAAAUACAGGCGCACACAUGUGGUGACAGGUGUAGAUGCUCAAACACACACACAACACACAUACACACCAUGGAGACAGAAAUCUUUAAAAAAAAAAAAAAAAGAAGCAAAAUCUCUGAAAAGGGAGACGAAUCCAAAAAUGCAAAAAAAAAAAAAAAAAAAAAAGUUUAAAGACAGAUAAGUUUUAGAAACAUUUUAUGAAGAUAAAAACAGAAGCUUUGAUAAAAUAUUAUUUAAAUAAUAAAAAAAAAAGUGUUUCCUCUUUGGGAGGCUGGGGUGCAGAACUUUGUGAGCGCACUCCGUUUUCUUCCUCUGCUGUCGUUGAUUGAGUUGAGUUAGUGCUGGUGAUUGUUGCAGUACCACGGAGGAAGCAGUGAAAACAACAAACCUACACCUUCUGGGUCAUUGUUAUUCUGUCAGACGCCACACUUCAUUGUAUUGAAUUAAUUAUUAAUGUAUUGUUAUUAUAUAUUCAUUUUUUUUUUGUUUGUUUUACGUUGACGAGUUCUGGAUAAAAAUUUCACCAUCCAUCUCUGACAAAAUGUAAAAAGAGAGAAAAAUCUAAUAAACAUAUUAGUGCUUAAUUCUUGAUUAUUCUUGAAUGAGUUGUCCUGGAUUAAAAGAAAAGCUGAAAAAUAAAGUAAACAUUUUGGUAACA